GAUUGCGUGGUCCGCGCGCUAGGAGCGAUCUGGCACCUCACCCUCACGCUGUCGCUUUCGUGCAAUAUCCCACAACCCACCUUCGCCUUUCCUUCACCCAUUCGCGCGUCCGCUCUCGCUCGGCCUGACCAUCCUUCGACGGAAACCCAGAGAAGGACUUGCGGUAUCUGGGCGGACUGUUGACGUCCAACAACCAAGCCCAAAUCGGGACUCUACGUCACCUGACCUGACUCACACCUGUCCAUCUGCGGUACUGUCAUCGCGCACCGCCACAGGCUCAGGGUCACUGCCCUUUUCUGGCGUCUGCCUUUCGGCCUUUCCCCUCUCUCUUCUUACCUUUGUUCUCUCCUGAAUGCUCCUGCAUUCUUCAGUCAGCCGCUUUUCACGAAUUACGUUCACAGCAUUUCGAUUCACCACACCCCUUCGACUCCGUAGCACAAUGGCACAGCAACCUCCCUGGCAGGAGCCGCAUCCCGGCGCGCCCUCUAAGCUCGUGGUCUACAAUUCCCUCACCAAGACCAAAACGCCGUUUCGGCCUAUCGACCCUGAAGGCAAGAGGGUGACCUGGUACAGCUGCGGCCCGACAACCUACGACUACAGCCAUCUGGGUCAUGCAAGGAACUAUGUCUCGAAUGACAUUCUUCGGAGAAUCAUGAAGGACUAUUUUGGUUUCCAAGUGCAAUACGUGCAAAAUGUGACCGACAUUGAUGAUAAGAUCAUUCUUCGCGCAAGGCAGCAACACCUUUUGUCUGAAUUUCGAUCCCAACAUCCUCAAGUCACGGCCGAUGCCCUCGCCACCACCCUCAAAGCGUUCCAUGCGUACGCGGCGGAGAAGCUGCCUCUGCUCACUCCCGAAUUGAAACCUGAAGACUUCAGUUCUGAGUCCGCGGAGAAGUAUGCCUCAGUACUUGCCGGCAAGUCCCUCGACGGCAUUAAUCCCCCUGGUGAUAAGGAAGCCAAAAUCAAGAUGCACAUUCAAACCCUGGCUAAGGCAGCCACCGCAUUGCUCUCACCAACCAAAGGUUCAGACGAGGACGCCGCCAACUUUUACGACAACGCCUCCGAUGUGCUGAUGCCUUAUCUGGACUCUCUGUACGGCACCUCCAUCUCUAGCAGCGACCACGAAAUUUUCAGUGCCCUUGCCAAGAAAUACGAAAUCCUGUUCGACGAAGACAUGGAGGCUUUGAACGUCCUUCCGCCAGACGUGACAACAAGAGUCUCUGAAUACGUUCCGCAGGUAGUUUCGUUCACCGAAGAGAUCGUGCGGAAGGGCUUCGGUUAUGCGACUGACACUGGGGUGUACUUCGACAUCGCCGCGUUCGAGAAGGUCGAGGGCAAUCAUUACGCGAGGCUUGAACCAUGGAACAAACAUGACAGCAGUCUCAUUGCAGACGGCGAGGGCUCUCUGUCUACUAAAUCUGGCAAGCGCUCAGAGGGAGAUUUCGCACUUUGGAAAGCCAGUCGAGUAGGCGAGCCAGCUUGGGAGUCCUCCUUCAUGCAGGGAAGGCCAGGUUGGCACAUUGAGUGCUCGGUGAUGGCCUCAGAGACGCUGGGCAAACAGAUUGACAUUCACAGCGGCGGAAUUGACCUCUGCUUCCCUCAUCACGACAACGAGCUUGCGCAGAGCGAAGCCUAUUGGUCAACCGGGAAACAGUGGAUCAAUUACUUUCUGCACAUGGGACAUCUAAGCAUCGCAGGUUCGAAGAUGUCGAAGAGCUUAAAGAACUUCAUCACCAUUAGAGAAGCCUUAUCUAAUGGCGAGUUUACCCCAAGAAGCCUUCGAAUUAUAUUCUUGAUGGGAGGUUGGCACUCGGGGGUUCAAAUAGAAGACGAUAUGAAGAGAGCUGCGGCUGGAUUUGAGAGCUACGUCUCGAGCUUUUUCAUGCGCAUCAAAGAUCUCGAGAUGCAUCCAAACACGAAUUCGACUGGAACAGAAGAUGCAAGAGUGCUUGAAGCGUUGGCUACGGCCAAGCUGAAAGUUAAUGAGGCCUUAGCGGACUCAUUUGACACCCCGACCGCCCUUCGCGCGAUUCGCGGCUUGGUCGAAGCAUGGAACACGGCCGACAAAGCGGGACUCAGCGAUGAUGUUAGCAGACAGCUGGGCCAAUAUGUAACGAGGAUGGUAAGGAUCUUCGGCCUGGACGGCAAAGCGUCGCCGGAUGAUGGCGGUAUUGGGUGGGCAGGGGUCGACAUUCCCGAAGAGGGCAAGGAUUAUAUCUAUGCCGCAUCUCGGUUGCGUGAUGAAGUUCGACAGCGUGCUAUUGCGAAGGAGCCUCUGAGAAUAGAUUCACUCGUCUCGAAGGACAAGCCAAGCAAGCAACAGGACGCUGCAGCUGUUCCCUGGGCCGAGCUCCUCUCGAAAUUUCAAGAAGACCUGAUACUCCUCUCGCAGCAAAAGGCGGAGGCAAAAGCCUACCUCGACCUGUGCGACGAGCUCCGGGACACGCACCUGUGGAACGCAGGCGUGUACCUUGAAGACAGAACCAACGCACCGGCGAUGGUGCGCCCUGUGGAUGCCGAGCUGCGGGCAGAACGUGAACAGAAAGAAGCUAUCGCCCAGCAGAAGGCUGAGGCUAAGCAGAAGCGCGAGCGUGAAGAGGCGGAGAAGAAAGCCAAAUUAGCGGAGCAGGCGAGGAUCAACCCCAAGGACAUGUUCAAGACAGAUGAGUAUAGCGCGUGGGAUGACGAUGGUGUGCCGACGAAGGACAAGGAAGGCGUUGAUGUGCCGAAGAGCAAGGGAAAGAAGCUGCGGAAGGAAUGGGAGAAGCAGAAGAAGUUGCACGAGGAGCAUCUCAAGGGUAUUGGCAGCUCAUGAGUAGGUGGACAAUCUUUUGAGUGAGCGAGCGUAGAUAUCCGAUUCAGUAUAUCUGUCCACUCUUCAAUGUGCUUCUAUCAAG